CGCAGCGAGCGGACCCCUUAGCUGGCGCUCACGGAGAAGAUGGCAGAGCGGCAGCAGCAGAAGCACGAAGGCAGGGUGAAGAUUGGCCAUUACGUCCUCGGAGACACGCUCGGAGUCGGGACUUUCGGGAAAGUGAAGAUCGGGGAGCAUCAGCUGACAGGCCAUAAAGUGGCUGUGAAGAUCCUGAACAGACAGAAGAUCCGUAGUCUUGAUGUCGUGGGGAAGAUCAAGCGAGAGAUUCAGAAUCUCAAACUGUUCAGACACCCCCACAUCAUAAAGCUCUACCAGGUAAUAAGUACACCAACAGAUUUCUUCAUGGUCAUGGAGUACGUGUCAGGAGGGGAGCUGUUUGACUACAUCUGCAAAAACGGACGGGUGGAGGACACAGAAGCGCGCCGUCUUUUCCAGCAGAUCAUCUCAGCUGUGGACUACUGUCACAGGCACAUGGUGGUGCACAGAGACCUUAAGCCUGAAAACGUCUUGCUUGAUGCCAACAAGAACGCCAAGAUUGCUGAUUUUGGACUGUCAAACAUGAUGUCAGAUGGGGAGUUCCUGCGGACGAGCUGUGGCUCACCCAACUAUGCAGCUCCAGAAGUCAUCUCAGGAAGGCUGUAUGCAGGCCCAGAGGUCGACAUCUGGAGCUGUGGGGUGAUCUUGUACGCCCUCCUGUGUGGCACUCUGCCUUUUGAUGAUGAGCAUGUUCCUACGCUGUUUAAGAAGAUCAGAGGAGGUGUCUUCUACAUCCCAGAGUACCUGACCCGCUCCGUGGCCUCGCUGCUAAUGCUCAUGCUGCAGGUGGAUCCGCUUAAGAGAGCCACUAUCAAAGACAUCAGGGAACAUGAGUGGUUUAAGCAGGAGCUGCCAGGCUACCUGUUCCCAGAAGACCCGUCAUAUGAUGCCACUGUUCUGGAUGAGGAGGCUGUCAGAGAAGUGUGUGACAAGUUUGAAUGCACUGAGUCUGAAGCCGUGUCCAGCCUCUACAGCGGUGAUCCACAGGAUCAGUUAGCAGUAGCCUACCACCUCAUCAUAGAUAACCGGCGCAUCAUGACCCAGGCCAGUGAAUUCUACCUGGCCUCCAGUCCUCCACAGGGCUCUUUCAUGGAGGACGGUAUGCCGCUGCCCCCCGGGGUGAAACCCCAUCCAGAAAGGAUGCCUCCACUCCUGGCCGACAGCCCCAAGUCUCGUUGUCCUCUUGACGCUCUCAACACCACCCGGCCCAAACAACUGGCAGUGAAGAAAGCCAAGUGGCACCUGGGCAUCCGGAGUCAGAGCAGACCCUACGAUAUCAUGGCUGAGGUGUACAGAGCCAUGAAACAGCUCAGUUUUGACUGGAAGGUGGUGAACCCGUACCACCUGCGGGUGCGGAGGAAGAAUCCAGUGACGGGAAACUUGGUGAAGAUGAGCCUGCAGCUCUAUCAAGUGGACAACAGAUCCUAUCUCCUCGACUUCAGGAGCAUCGAUGAUGACAUCAUCGAGGCAGUUGGCUUUAAAUCGGGGUCGUCCACCCCUCAGAGGUCGGGAUCGACAGCCGGUCUCCUCCGGCCCAGGCUGAGUAUCGACUCUGCGAGCGCAGCGUUUGACCUGCCCAUGCUCAGCUCCUCUCUCCCGGGAUCCCUGUCUGGUAGCUCUCCAAUGCUCACCCUGCGCCAGGGAUCACACACCAUGGACUUCUUUGAGAUGUGUGCCAGUCUGAUCACUACACUAGCACGCUGAGUCAGCCUCCUCUAUAGCCUACGUUACCUGGGUGUUGGUGGGAGUUUAAAAUACCUGUUCAAUUUGGGAAAUGGGGGGGUGAAAUGUUUGGAGUGACCUCUUUCUGUCUCCUCUCCAUCUGCUCUCCUCUGAGUGGAAACAAGGGAAACAAUGCCUGUGCAGUUGGCACCUCAGAUGAAGGAGAGAGAAAGUAGGCAAAGGCAGAUUAUCACUUAUUUUUUUACUAUUUUUUCAACAUCUGCAAAUACAUAUUGGGCCUCAGCAUGGGAAAACUGAUCCUGCCACCAGGUUCUGUUGAUUAAUUUGUGGAAGCCAGCAAAGAAAGAGGUUACAGUUCAAAGGUGUCUCACAUGAAACAAAAGGUCAAUUUACCAUAAAUACUGUCAACAUUUGAUCAGCUACUGUAACACUUACUGACGGGACCUCCUCAUUGGUCCACCGCAGACGCAGGUCAGUUCUGGACCUUGUCAUGCAUUUGAAUUGGAUACAGUUGAUAAAAUGCUAUUGCAGAUAUGUGAGAGGCAACAUUACUUUAUUUGGAGUUCUAUUUGAGCUUUUAUAUGGUUUGUAAAGACACCUUUAUUGUCCAUGUAUAUUUAUAUUAUAAAUAUAUGAUACUUCAAAGCUGAAAAGGCUGACAAAGGUAUACCAAAUAGCAUACUUUAUACAUCUUAAAGAAAAUUAUUAUUAUUUAGGUAUCAGAUCCAUAUUUAUUUUUUAAGAUAAUUUUUUUUAGGUAAUGUAGUUAUAUUCUUUAAGCACUUAAUCAGCAGAGUUUAACCUGAUUUUUGAAUAGCCUGUAGAUGAUUAAUGAUCAAUGCGAGACAGGUGAGCAGGAUGGUGGAACAAUAGCACUCUUCAUAAAACGACUGUGAUGCAUUCAGAUGUACACCGUCUCACAUGGGCUUUUCCUCUGGAAGCAGCAAUUGAUUGUCCCAUGACUGGGAUUGGAUGAUUUUCAGCUUGACCUGCUCUGACUGUCCGCUAGCUGGCCAGACAGGGGGAAAUAUCAUUUGUUUUCCAGUCACCAAAUGCAAAAUACUCUACAUGCAGCACUGACAAAUCCAUUUUGUUGUUGUUUUCGGGGGAUGAGGUCUAACCUGUGGAUACAUGUACAUGAUAACAAUCACACUCGGUCCCUCAGUCCCUCUGGCAAGCGAGGUGUGUUUCUCUGAGUUCAGUGUAGCCACAGAUUGUGAGGUAGAAAUAAGCCAUGGAGGAGCAACCAAAAGGUGAAGGACAGGUGAUCUGCUAAUCUUUACUGUUAAUCUUUAACAUUAAUGUGAGUGAGAAUGUAGUUAUUCUGUGGCUUUAAUUUGAAUCUAAUCAUAAAGUCAUCAUAAACAUUUUUUUUUUUUUUUUUUAAUCAUAAACAUCUUAAGGAUAGUGUGAGUUGAUGAGAGUUAUUGAUCACUGAUGAUCAGUGUUACAAGAACAAUCAGAGCUGCUGGCACUGAUGAGUAAUUUUCUUUAGAUGGACAUAGAAGUUUCUGAAAUGCGAUGUGUCCUGAGGCCAAAAUAAACGGUGCUGACUAGGAAAUCUUUUGCUGAUGUUGCAUUACAAGACAUGUACCUGCUGAGAGGCGGUCACACAGCUUUACAACAAACACUCAGCUGGAUGUUCAUGUCUAGUCUCGCUGCUCAGUUUUUAUUAGCUGAAGCACUGAUUUUGAUCUGCAAGUAAAUACAUUCAAAAAUACCAUAAUUUAAACUUGAAAAACAAAAGAAAUCAAAAACUUUUUGGUGGAAUUUUUAUAUUUGUAGAUGAGAAAAGAAAAGCUUAUGGACCUGUACUGUGGUGCAUGAAGGUGGGAUAGACUGCAGUACAUUUUCUGUUGAAGUUUGAACAAAUGCCUCCAUCCAGGACCCUGCAGCAUUUAUCUUUUACAUCUCCAGUGCCGGAGACAGAAGGUCUUAUGACCGGCUGAAGCUCUGCUUGUUCAGUCCUUGUUUUGCUGCUGAAUGUGAAAUGAAAACAAAAGUUGCAGAACAUAUUUUGCAUGCUGCACAGAUAAUCAGAAUUGACUGAUCGCAAAAAAUCAUAUAUCUCAGUCAAGUAAAUCGCAAUCAGUGCAUCUCAGAUAUUUAUAAUGACUAUAAAUCCUUUUGUAAUUAUUAUAGGAACAUAUUUCAUCGUUAGUUAUUUCAUACAUUGAGCUGUCAGGCAACUUGUCAGUGGUGCCAAAACACAAACAACACUACAGUAAAUAUUGAAGUUGUAGAACUGUAACGUAUAUAUACAAACAUAUAUAUGCAUAUAUAAAAGCAUUUAUUACAAUUCUGCACUUAAAAAAUUGUUGUAAAAGUAUAUGAUGAUGCUUAUGGAGGGGAAAAAUGAUAGCAAAACGUAUGUGAAAUGGUGUACAUCUGGUGCAGGAGCCACAGAAACCUUUCUCCAGUUGCCUUAAAGAAUGCAACACAAUAACUCUGCACAUGUAGAUGGAGGGUGUGUUUGUGAGCCAUUGUGUGCAAUGAUAAUCACAUAGUUUGUGUCAUGCCGUGUUGUGUUUUUACCGACUUUGUACAAGAGUGAUGGGAAGGUUUUGGUUUAAUUGUAAAUGCCUGAAGGUGGUAGCAUCAGAUCAGUCGGCUAUGAUUGUGUAGCAUCUUGUCCUGGUGUCAGUUUUGUUUUGCUGUUCUUUUCUGUUCAGUCUGCACUUUAAAACUCCUUCACCGAGGUCAGCAGUUUGCAGAUUUACUGUUCGCUGCACCGACACCACCUGAGUGGGGAAUGAACUGUAUGUGUUGUUUCUGGUCCGUACCGAUGAACACUGCAGCAUCAAUACUGGUAGAAGCGUUCUUCAUCGUCCUGUAGCUGCAAUGCUUUGCAACACUGUUGUCAUACAUAAUUUAUGAAUCUUAAUUUUUUAUUUAAUUUUUUCAUUUCAUCUGAAUGUAAAAUGAAAGCCAGAGCUGUUUCAUGAGCCAUCGCUCAUCCCAUUCUUUCAUUUUUAAUCAUCAGAGCUUCUGCUUUUCUGCCGUUUAGUCCAGCACAGAGGUCUCAGUGUAAUGAUUCUUCAGUUGUGUGGUAACUCAAAUCUUUGAAAAAUGGUUCCUAAAGGCCAUUCAGAAGUAAUUUACCACAAAAAAGCAGUAAAAGAGUGAGUUUAAGUCAAACAGUAUUCAGUGUUAUUCAGCAAAUAAAUAACUCUUUCAUUGUUUUCUUUGGCAGAUGACGUGAUUAUCUGAAGGGAAGGGAGGCAGUGUUUAGUAACAGCACUAUGAAAAAUGACAUGAAUAAAAGUGCCACUGAAAUAACCGUUAAGCAUUACUAUUAUAUGAGAAAGCAGAAAUAAAAUGGAUUGAGUUGUUUUACUGGUUUAUGUUGAAAUAAGGUCUUUGUUAGAUCAUUCAGAGCUGCCAUGUUCAAGGUUCAACUAUCCCAGACUGUAACUGUUUGAAAGAUCUAUUGGACCUUAGGCUGAAUACAAAGUUGUAGUCAUUUGUACUGGUAGCUAAAUUGCAUGACAGACUGGGGACAGCAACUUGUUAGAGGACAUGUUGGUUACAUUGUAACUUCCUGAACACCUGCCUUCAAAUCUUGUAUCAAGAGACAAGCCUGUUAAUGUUCCUCUGAUUAACAGCUUUUGGCUAAUUGUUUUCCGUCUCAGAGCCGUAGAGCCAGCAUUAGUCUCCUCAUCAGCGUCAAGCAGGUACUUCUUCACUCUGAAGUCGAGCUCUAAGCAGCUGGCUGACAUUUAUCAUCACCGAGGGCCCAUUUACAUUUCAAUGUUACUUUCUUUGUCUUUCAAUUACAGUUUCAAAAUAAAACUUCAGCAAUAUCAAGGUUUAUUCACAAGACAACAAUGAAGUAACCAGUGCCUGAAACUGCAAACACAGUUUACCAUUGCAACAACAGAGCGAGCACUUGUAGCACUAACUGGUUACUUUGUGACACGCUUCCCUCAGUUCACUGGCACGUUACUCUGCACUGGUGCAACUCUGGUUCUGACUUUUGCCAUCAUUGUGUUUAAAAGGGUUACAGUAUCUUUGUCUUAUAAAAGCAUUGGUAAGACUUUGAGCUAAAAAGGUGAAAUCCCCGUCAUCUGAUACCUUCCUAAAGCCCUUGUCAAGUAUGUCAACCAGUGUGGGGUUUUUGGUUUUGAUUUCCUGUCUGCGUUUGUUUCCUGCUGCAGCACUCACCUGUGUAAAUACCAUCCAAGCAUCUUAACACUACAUUUCUUGGCGUUACGUGGCUUCAUCCCGGUACCGUUGCUCAUAACAACACAGCACAACAAGGGUAUCAUGAACUGGGCUGUCCUGCAGGAGUUAUGGGUCAGAUUUAAAGUUAAAAAAGUGUCCAGUGUUUACCAUCAGGUGUUGUACUCUGCCCCCGCCGCUGUGAAGCCUGGUAACGGACACCACAGAGCACUACCAUCGGCAUGUUAGUUAUGUAAACUCAUCUGUGUUUAGGGCUGAACAAAAUGCCAGCAGACCUUCUGCAUUGUACCAAAGUGAGUAUUUUCCACAGUAAAACUGUGCUCUCUGUUAACUGUAAUGGGGUAAUUCUGAUUCAUAUGACCUCAAAUACCCCCAUGUAUGUCAGCGGUGGGAUAUCUUUGUGGGUGCCCGUUGCUUAUUAUGAACGUGGGCACUCGUAUGUUUCCGUGUAUGUGUGUGAGUGUGUGUUUGAGGUGUCUCUGAUUUGGGUUUGGAUUUCUCUUAUUAUGCACUGCAUGAUAUUGCUGUUCUGAGUUGCACUUUAAUGAAUAUUUAUUGAAAAGAAAAUAAACAUAUUAAACAACAA